AUGGCAAACAAGAGAAAAAGAUGGGAAUGUGAAGAAGGAGGGGAGAAGAAGAGUGAAGAAGCGAACACAGAAUGGGAAAAACUAAGGGAAGAAGCAGCUUCAAUGGCUGCUGCUAUUCUUGGAGCUAGAAGAGCUAACAAACGUUACAUUGGGGUGAGACAAAGACCCUCUGGGCGAUGGGUGGCUGAAAUCAAAGACACCAUUCAGAACAUUAGACUUUGGUUAGGCACUUACGACAAUGCCGAAGAUGCUGCAAGAGCUUAUGAUGAAGCAGCACGUUUGCUUCGUGGUGCCAACACUCGCACAAAUUUCUUUCCUUCCCAAUCUUCUCCUUCUGUUUCUGCUCUUCCUCCAAAGAUUGCCAAACUCCUCUUUCUUAGACUCAAAGCUAGAAACUUUGACCCUCGUUUUCCGAGUAACCACUAUGAUCAAGAAACCAAAGUAGAACCUCAACCUCAACCUCAACCAGAAGCAGAACCUAAAUUAUAUCUCCAAACAGAAGAACCCCACUUUGAGAAUUUUGUAGACAUGGAAGGAAAUGGGAUUGUUGAAGAAAGUUAUUAUGGUGCUAGGUAUAGUUCUUCUGCCAUAACUACUUGUGACUAUGGCUGUGGAGCUAGUGAAGAAGAUUCUAACCAGAAGGGUAGCGGGGAAGAUUUAAGCUUCGGGUAUAACUUUGCUGAGAAUGUUUAUGAUGAAGAGAAGAAGAUUGUGAGUGGUAAAGGAGAGUUUGAAGGUUGUGAUUUUCAGUUUUUGGAGUCUUGUGGAUCACUGAGUUACUCUUUUUCUCCGUUUGAGAUAGCAGAGGAGAUGUUGGGAGCGAUAGAGGAAAACAAAUAUUACGAUGUUGAUGAUUCAGUGUUAGGCAGAGAAAGUUUGAUGAUGAAGUAUGAACGUAAAUUCUCUGCUUGUUUUUACACCUUAACAGGGGUGUCUGAGUGUUUGAGGCUACAAGUUGGACAAGAGAAUGGAAAGGAAUUGGAAAAUUUUUUAGGAUGGUAA